AGUGCCAUUUGUAGUUCAGUGACACAAUUGAAAACACAAUUCUGCUAAAAGCUAGAAGGCUCUGCUAAAAGCUAGAAGGCUCAUUCAGUAAAACGGUUCUGGGACAAGCCUUGGUUUACAUUUGCACAGGAUGCACGGUAGAGUGAAGGUAAAAACUACAGCCCAGCAGGAGGAGGAAAAAAAGAAAGAGCGUGAGAAAAAACUCAAGAUCUAUGUGGCUGCACGUGAUGCCUGCUUUGCUAAGAGAAAAGAGGGCAUCAAGGAUGAAGAGGCACUGGAGCUAACCCAACAGCUCCUGUCCUCUAACCCUGACUUUGCGACUCUCUGGAACCAGCGGCGAGAAAUCCUCAUGCACCUAGAGACCAUAAAGGACGAAGAUGAGAUGCAGAAGAUUUACGAGUCGGAGCUGCACUUCCUGGAGUCAUGUUUGAAGGUGAACCCAAAAUCUUAUGGCAGCUGGUUCCAUAGAGGAUGGGUGUCGGCCCGCCUUCCACGACCCAACUGGGUGAGAGAGCUCAGCCUUUGUGACCGCUGCUUAAGCCUGGACGACCGCAACUUCCAUUGCUGGGAUUACCGCCGGAUGGUAGUGAAAAUGUCUGGUGUCCCUGUAGAAAAAGAGUUGGAAUUUACUGAUCGUCUCAUUGGUUCCAACUUCUCUAAUUAUUCGAGCUGGCAUUACCGCAGCACCCUUCUGCCCCUGCUUCAUCCAGAGUCCCCUGACCCCAAAUCAAGCGGAGACCCUCCAUCUUCGCAAGCCCACUCUCAUCGCGUAUGUGAAGAGCAGCUACUCAAAGAAUAUGAGCUUGUGCAAAAUGCCUUUUUCACCGACCCCAAUGACCAAAGUGCAUGGUUCUAUUAUCGUUGGCUACUUGGCAGAGCGGACCGUGAGGAGAUGAUAAGCUGUGUUUAUGUCUCUCGGGAUGAAGAGAGAGUGGUGGUUGGUUUCUCCAGACCUGUCAAUGCACAAUCCAGUGGUCUGCUUUUGGUGCUCGAUGGUCAGCCGCUGAGAGUCGAUUGGAGAAGUGUCCAUCCUCGUUUCAAGCAUAGCCCAGUGUGGAUAUGCCAUCUCCCACCGGGAACAAUAAGUGACAUCACAAAUGAGCACAAUCUGACAGUGCACUGGAGCGAGAGGCCCACUCAGAGAGACUGUGCUCUGUACACAGGUCGGACUGAGAGCUGGUGUCGAGACUCUGCUACUGAUCAGGAGUUAUUCAGGAGUGAACUCUCGGUGGAGAAGACCUCUGUGCUCCAGUCUGAACUACAGUCAUGUAACCAACUACAAGAGCUGGAGCCACUCAAUAAGUGGUGCUUACUCACCAUAAUCCUCCUGAUGAGGGCGCUAGAUCCCUUGAGAUAUGAGAAAGAGACACUCGCUCAUUUUGAAACGCUCAAAGAAGUAGACCCUAUGCGUUCAGCCUACUACAGUGACCUUUGCAGCAAGUUCAUGAUAGAAAACACAAUUCUCAAAAUGGAAUAUGCUGAGGUCCGAGUUUUCAGCAUUUCUGACAAGAACUUGACCACUCUUUGUCACUUGGAUCAACUUGUAUUGGUCACCCAUAUCAAUCUUUCAUCCAAUCAGCUACAUAGGCUGCCUCUUCAGUUCGCCAUGCUGCAGUGCCUGGAGGUUUUGGAGGCCGACAGUAACUUGAUAGAAAACCUCGAAGGACUGUAUCACCUUCCCAAUCUAGAGGAGGUGCUUUUGAGAAACAACAAAAUAUCUACAUUGACAGAUCUGCAGCCUCUGGCCUCAUGUCCCAAACUGAAGCAUCUUGAUCUCCGUGGCAACCCUGUCACACUGAGCGAUGGUAUUGAGGCUGAGAUAAAGGCCCUUUUGCCCUCUGUGACCAAGCUGCUCCUUUGAAGGGGCAACUUGUCCUAGUACUAGGGGUGGGGGAUAUGGCAACAAGCUGACAUCGCGAUAUUUUAACCUUAGUCUUGAAACUUAUUUGUUACCUGACUUUAAGAUGGUAAAUGUGGAGGGUCCACUACCAGCUUAUCUCAUGAAAAUGUUAUUGCUUUAUCUGGAAUUUUCCACUCUAUGGUAAAAACUUAAUUUAUUAUUUCUUUUAUUCAAUUACAGGCAUUUUUAUUGCUAAAAAGUACUUUGUUUGGUGGAGUCACCUGUUUGUCUCCACAGAGAAUCCCAAGUUUUAUGCCAUUUUAUGGAACGUUCCAGUCUCCAUGGAGAAAAGGUUUUGGACCUAGACAUACAUAAAAAAAACCAAACAAAAAACAUGUAUUUUAAACACCCUCAAGCUCCCAGGACCCAAGCUUGGAAAAAGAAUGAGACCACUCACAGAGGGUGAGGAAGAGAUAUUUUAUAUAUGGUCCUACUCACUUAGACCAUAAUGGAGGCUGACCCAUAGAGCUCGGGAUUGUGUCGUCAUAAAAACACGAUCCAAAACACAUAGAAGUUUUGGAUCGUAAAUACUAAACUUAAAGUAUUCUGACGCUAUAGGUUUCAGAGGUAGUCAUCUGGAACCUUUUUCUACUUUGGACCACUCCUGGAUGAAUGAGACAUUACACUGUCAUGUUUCUGUAGAAACUAAUGAACUAACCCGCUUAUCGGGUUGUUCCACCACUCAUUUACUUUUUUAUUUUGGCUUAUGCAUCUUUAUGGAUGUUUUACACUGCUGCUACAAACAUGGUGGAUUUUGUCAAUAACACUUUCUUUUAGAAUUUCAAUCCCGACCUCUAUAGGUGGUAAAAAAUGGUUGACUAAAAUAGUGAAUGACCUUUUCAGAUUGGCAGAUCACCACAGGUUCACAAUUUUAUUAAUUACUGUCAUAUCACCCACCCCUUUCUGACUCUUCUUCGGGGGCAACUGGUACCCACUGUCCUUGGAAAUGCUGUGUAUGUUUGUUUACAAAUAACAAGGAAAUGAAAAUGUCAUGGUUUGUCAUAUGUUCAUCUCUAGGCUGUGCCUCUGAAGGGGAACUGGCAUCGCCUGUUUGUCCUUUCCUUGUGUCAAAAACCGUGAACAUGCGUGUUUAAGAGUGAAAGGAAAAAAAACAUAGUUUGACUUUGUUUUGUCAUCUCGAAAGGGUCAUGGUUUAAAAUGUGUCCGUCAACAAGGGGCUUCUUUGGAGGGGUGGCACUGGGGGAUCCCUGUGAUCAGCUGUCGUCUUUGUCCUUCACCUGUGAAAAUCCUUGUGAAUGAAAAUCAUGUGACUCGUCAAAACAUGUCAAACCGUCCCCUCGGGAUAUUGACCAAUAUGGCAUAUAUAGACUCAUGAAAAUAACUGGAAUGUUGAAAACAGGAUAAACCCCUGUGUUUAGCAACUAAAUGAAAUACUUUCACAUAAUAAGCCCACAGUCUUAUGAUAAUAAAGUAAUGUAAUAUUAAACAUUUUUUUUUAUCUCUUAAACAAAUUAUUCUAACAAAAACUUGAUUGCCUCUUUAACUAAAGGAAAACCUCAAAUUAUACCCCCCAUUCUGUGAUCCUUUGAGGGAUAGAAUAAAUGUAUUAAUACCAAAAUAUAAAAUAUUAAAAUAUAUGGUAUUGAGCAUUUCUAUUAGAAAAUACUUUUACUUCCCGUGUAUUCUACUUAAACGAGAUGUGUCUGUAUUUGUAUGCGUGGUGAAUGAAUGCUCUGAACACAACUUGCCCAAAAGCAUGCAAACACACUGAUAAAGAAGUUAAUUGACUGUAA